UACUCUUUCUCUACAAUGUCUUCUUAUUACUAUCCCCCUAAUUCGCCUAUUCUUCAUCUAACCCUCAAAUCCCUUCUAUCUAUUCCCAAUUAUCCAAAUCCAUAGAGAUGAAAGUUGUUCCUGAUAAUCCAACUUGUAGUGAGUUCACUACAACUGGUAUCAAAGCGGUUGAUUCUCCGACUGCUACGAUGGCCACUGCAACAACUAAAGCUUCACAAGUAGAAGCGAAAAUUCAAGAAUUAACCACUAAGGUUGAUAUCUUAGAACAAGAUAAAUAUUAAGCCAGACAAGCAUUAUACAUUGUAUUAUUUUAUUUGAGAAUGAAGUCUGUACGUCUAAUCUGGGAUAGGAAUUCACCAGAUCAUGAUUUUAAUCUUCUACAAAUUGAAACUCUCAUUUCCAUCGCUGAGAAGAAGUUGGAAUCACUACAAGAGGUUGGGGAUAUGUAAACUACGGAGAUGUAGGAUGAGAUUGUCAUAGAAGAAGUGAUAAUUGAUUCAAGUUCAGCUCGUAAUUUCACUCAACGAUCUUCAAAUCCACCAGUAUCAGAUGAAGUUUUAGGUUCUUCUUCAACCAUAGAUUAUUCUAACAGAUUUGUUGAAACGGAGUCGAAGGUGCUCGAGGAAAAAAUUGAUGGUGAUUUGAAAUCAAUUCCACUUGAUUGUAGUUCAACAGACGAUUUAUCUCAAAAUUCUUCCACUCUUACAGCAACAGAUGAGAGUAAAAUUCGAUCUAAACUCAAAUUUGAUUUCUCUAAUGUUGAUGGAUCUAUAGAUUCAAUUCAGGAUUAUAAGGAAAAGAUAGGAGGGUAAACCAUUCAAUUAUGGUAAUGAACUUUGUAUUGAUGUUGUGGGUUUUCAAGUUGAAAGGGUUAUAAAUUGUGAGGUCAAGGAUUUCAACUCGUUGAAUGAGUUCAGUGGAAAUGCUUCUACUUCUCUAGCAAUGGAGGAAGGUAAUUACAGACCUAAACCGAAGUCUGGUUCCUCUAAUGUUGUUAUUCUUUUCGAGAAUGCUGAUUAUAUGAGCAAAUUUAGUAAAAUGUUUUCACUCCCAUUUAUAGAGAUGUAUUAUGAAAAGUUAAAUAUUCAUAGGGUCUUAUUCAUUAUCGACAACAAGAUGUGUAGUGGAAUAUGUUUUUGCUGCAGCUUUGAAUUAGCUCGAACCUUAUUUGAUAGAGGAAAGUGGUUUCAAUUAAUCAUGACAGAUGUGAUACUCGCAAUGUAAUUGAGGAAAUGGUACAACAAUUUAUUAUUCUCGGGACUAGAAUGAGACUGCAAAUGACAAGCCAGAGUGGGUUUGGCUGUUCACAUGAGAUGUUGGAUCCGUGGAUGGGCAUAGAUAGUAGUUUUUCUACUCAAAUGGAAAAAGUUCGCAGAGAUUUUUCUCUUCUGCAAUUGAAGUGUGUAUUUCUUGCUAAAAUGCCUAAAAGUGUAACUUGGAGCUUGAGUUGCAGUGUGGAUUAUUUUCUCUUACAAAUUAAAAGGGGUAUGGUGAGUCCCAUGUUAAUAAUAGAUGAAGGUCUCUUCAUUGUCAAGAAUUUUGCUCGAUGGAUAUAUGAUUGUGGCAGGGUGUUAAGUUUUAUUACAAGGCUGAAAAUGUCACAAAGAAAUAAUAUAAUUGAGAAUACUUACACAACUAUGUGGUUGCGGGUGGUUGCAAUGGAGAGGACGAAUGAAUUAUUUUAUACAAGACUACUGCAGGAACAUAUCCUCUGGACUAAAUUGAUUCGACAUGAGUUACAUAAUGCUACAGGAGACAUAGUUGGUGAACUAUGGGAGGUACUACUUUUAACCUUGCUCCUUUUCGAUUUAAGAGAUACAAAAAAUGUUUGUGCAUACAUUUUGAUUUUCAUUGCUUUACUGGGGUUACCUAGAUCUAAUGUCUUUGGUAUUUAUGGGAAUGAGAACCACUUACUAUUACAACGUAAGAGUGGUAGGUUUGUGAAGAAGGGAGUUGUGGGAGAACACAUUUUUUGUUAUUAUUGUUGUACAGUCUUCAAUCUCAGGACUGAAUUGGUACAUCCACAUGCAUUCAAUAUUUCGGCUAUCUUCUCUCAUAGUUUUUGCCAGAUGCACCCUUGUAUUUCUGUGCAUCACAUGUUGCAGUUGUGGCCUGAUGAUAAUGUUUGUUUUUAUCGAUUAUCUACCCAAUUGCUUUAAGUAUUGAAUUCAGAUGGUUCCUUUAUGGAGUUCAGUGUUUUUAUUCCUGUGGAGAGUCACAUUCGUUGAAGAUAUUUUAGACUUUUAGGUACAACUUUAUUUGUGCUCAGUCUUUUGCUUGCUCUUGGUUCUACCAAGUUGGAGUUCCUGGCAAAGAUAAGUGGAAUACAGAUCUUGCUUGUGACAUGUCAUAUUCCAACUGUAUUGUUGUGGGUAGGGUACUUGAGGUGGAAAUUAUGAUUGAUCGUCUCAACUGAUUUACGGAGUGUGGAAAGUGUUUUUUGGAUUGAUUUGAGUUUUAUCUCAGUUGUGUUUCUUGAUACAACAAGGUACUAUGGAACAAAUCUGUUCAACGAAACUGAAAUCGAUACAGAAGGUUGUAACUUUGGCACUGCAGUUGGAGUUUCUCGUGUAUGGGUUUCGAAUAUUUCAGCCUUUUGGGGUUUGUGUUACCCUCCAAGAAAGGAAAGUAGGGUGCUCAAUCUUAACCAACUUCUUAAUCGACAACUACACCGCUCUGCUGCAACGGGGGACAGAAAAGUACAGAUGCAAGUUUCAUAUUCCACCUGGAGCGGUUGGCAUUUGUUUCGAUGUGCACAAAAUCUUACUUCCAACCAACUCCAUAAACUUCUGAAGGUCAUCACUACGAAGAUCAACAUACCAGCACAAAGGAGUGAAGUUCUGUAUUGGAUGUUACAUUUUUUCGACUUCGUUCUUAUCACCAGGAUCAUUAUGUCCAAAAGCAGGAACCUUGCUGGAAUAUUACAGAGGGGUCAAGCUGGAGAUAAGAGACUUGAGCUACCUUUCAGUAAUGAAGCAAGUAUGCUCAUGGGGGUUAACACAACCAAUUAUUAUACCAUUUCUGAUGUUGAUUGUGGCUAUGAUGGAACCGUGACCAAGCUGGAAUCCUGCAGUUCACUUGAUAAAGAUCAAAUUUGUGACUUUUCCUUGAAGUCUGUCAGGGUAAGAAUCACAAUUAUUACUGGUUUUGAGAGGCAGUUGCAACAAUGGUGUCUCUUACCUAGCCGAUCUCAAUUCUCAGGACAAGGAUGAUUUGAAGGGGUGAGUAUUUUUCAUGUCCCAGUGGGGGUUAUACAUUAUGGUUAAGGGCAGCCAUUAUGGGCUAGGUUAUAGGAAAGGGCGCUGGGUGCUAAUUGAAGUAGUAGCUACUGUCUCGUGUGUGUGGCUCGUGAUGUGCACGAGGUUUGUAAGAGUUGUGUCGGGGGAUAUGAGGGUAGCCUUGUUGUAUUGAAAAGAGUAGCUAAUGAAUAAUGUGAAACUUAUCUUCUUCCAUGAAUCUCUCUGUUACUCCUUCUC